GCUGGCAAUGGUCCUGAUACGUGCCGCCUCCACGCUGCUGCCGGGCGCAGGCGUCGGUGCCGUCGCCACGGCCAGUGCAGCAGCUGCGGCCGUGUCGUCUGCCGCUUCUUCUUCCUCCUCCUCCACCUCGCCGCCGAGCGCCAGCGCAGCACCGGCACAGGCGCAGGCCACCUCGCCGCGCCUCUUCCACGCUCGCGCUCGUCCACGUGCUCGCACCAGCCCGGCACUCUCCUACGCCGCCGCUGCUGCGUCGGCACCCCGGCCAGGCGCUGCCGCACGCGGCUUCCAGUCCAGUGCUGCGCGCGCAGCAUCGGCAAAGGACCCUUAUCAGACGUUGGGCGUGAAGAAGGACGCCUCGCCGCGGGACAUCAAGAGUGCAUACUACGACCUGGCCAAGAAGUACCAUCCCGACACCAACAAGGAGAAGGGGUCAAAAGAGCGCUUCGUCGAGAUUCAGGCCGCCUACGAUGUGCUGUCCGACUCCAAGAAGAAGGCCGCCUUCGACCAGUACGGCACGACCGACGGCUCGCCGGGCUUUGACCCAUUCGGCGGUGCUGGCGGACCAGGCGGCUUCGGAGGAUUCGGCGGCUUCGGCGGCGGCUUCGGUGGCUUUGGCGGCGGCGGCGCCAGCGCUGGCGGGCCAUCAGCCUCUGACAUCUUUGAGGGCCUGUUCGGCAGCGCCUUCGGCGGCGGAGGCGGCCGCGGCCGGGCGCAGACGCAGGGCUUCGCUGGCGAGACGCGCGGCGAGGACCUCGAGGUCAACGUCAGCAUCUCCUUCGAAGAGGCGUGCCGCGGCGCUUCACGCUCGAUCGUCACGAAUCCAGUCGAGCGCUGCCAGCCAUGCUCGGGCGGCGGUCUCAAGCCCGGCGCCCGCAAGAGCUCGUGCGCAGCCUGCGGUGGCACUGGAGCGCGCACUUUCGUCAUCCAGGGCGGCUACCAGAUGAACACGACGUGCCCGGCGUGCGGCGGCAGCGGCCUCAGCGUCAAGCAGGAGGACCAGUGCACGAGCUGCGAGGGUGUCGGCCGCGUGCGCGGGCGGCGCAACGUGCAGGUCAACAUCCCCGCCGGCGUCGACGACGGCGCCAAGGUGCGCGUUGAUGGCGCAGGCGACGUGCCAUUGCAGGGCGCAGGCCGGCCAGGCGCACUCUACGUGCGCAUCAACGUGCAGCCGUCAAAGACAUGGCGGCGACAGGGCGCAAAUCUGUACUUCCCGGCAGCGCUGCCCGUGCACACUGCCAUCCUCGGCGGCCGCGUGCGCGUGCCCACGCUUGAUGGCGACGUCGAGCUGCGUGUGCCGGCCGGCACGCAGGUCGGCGACGAGAUGCUCCUGCGUGGCCGCGGCGUGCCGAACCUUGCCCGCCGUAGCGAGAAGGGCGACCUGCUGGUGCAGUUCGAGGUGCAGAUCCCGCGGUCACUCUCGCCUCGCCAGCGCGAGAUCUUGCAGCUGUAUGCCGAUGACAUCGAGGGCCGCGCGCCGCCACGACCGUCGCCGGCCGCCCCGUCGCCUCCGCCCUCGCCGCAAGCGUCUGGCUCUGCCUCUACCAGCACUUCAGGUAGGUAUCGCGGUCCGGGUGGCAAGCCGAUCAACCCCUCUGGCACGCGCAAGCCUUCUGCGCCUUCUCCUGCCGCUGCGGCACCGAGCAGUCCCGAGGCUGGCGCCUCCGCUGCUCCACAGGCCGACAGUCCGGGCCUGCUCGGACGCGCGUGGAAGUGGCUGUCGGGCCAAUGAUCUGCGGCUCUCUUCCAUCGGACUAGCAUGUAGCGGUACUGAUGCAUGCAAUCGCCCUGUUGUGCCCACAGAUGCUGCUGGUGAUGCCGCAUCUGCCGCUGCAGAGACAGAGGCGCCGAAGCCGGACGCUGCCGAGUCGUCAACUCCCGAGGCCGCCGCCAAGGAGGACCCGAGCAAGCCAGAGGACGGCGCAGCAGACGUCACCACGGAGAGCAAAGAGGCCAAGCCAUGACGCAGCGCGCGUGCACCUAGACUGCAACGACAUGUCGAUGAACUUGCUGCGCCUAAUCACUACUCAUCACACAUCGCACUGCGCGCGCGUGGGAGACGACAUAGACAUUGUGCAGCGAAGGGAGAUAUGCAUGGGAGGGAAGCGCGGAUCCUGCGAGGCGGCCUGCAACUGCUCUAGGUGCGGUUGAGGUACUUGAUCGUCGCGACGUAGCCGGCGAUGCCGAUGACGG